AGAGGAGAUAGCACAUCCAAAGAUAGCAUAGUCACUCAAAGUUAAAAAAAAAAAAAAAAGGGCUCGGAGACAAAGGGGCCCGAGAACCAUAAAAUGACGAAUGAGAAAGCUCCUCCCAGUUAAAGACAUUCAGGUAUAUAAAAGGCACAUAAAGGAACACUUAACACCAAAAACAUCAUUGUCAACUUUGAGUCUUUUAGAUUUUUUGAGCUCAGAAAAAGAUGAGUGCCAGGCCUGAUUUGAUUAGAAAGUGUUUGUGGUCUUCAUGCCUUGUCUAUCUGUUCCUCACUGGCAUCCACUCUCUAGACUGUAGCUUCCUGAAUAUUCAGCUGAGAAGAGUCACCGGGCAGAAUGCAAGACUUAUGAGUAGUAUGAAGGGACCACUUCGCCAAGAAUGUCUAAAAGACAUCAACAAUUUUGAGUUGCCUGAAGAGAUCUUCUUAUGUAACCAAUCUAAGAAAUGGAACAUCAAGGUAAAUUUCUAUGAAAUCUAUGCAAACGCCUUCCGCAUCUUCAGUCAAUAUACUGUCAAGUACUCUUGGGAAGAAGAGUGCAUGCAACAAAUCCUAAUGGAACUUAAUCUGCAAUUGGAGUCCUUGGAACAGUGCUUGAAAGAAGAGAAGGAAAAUGAUGAGAUUAAACACACAGAAGCUAAGUUUCCCUGGAAGGAAAACCUGAAACUGAAGAGAUAUUUCUUCAGAAUACAGAGUUACCUGAGAGACAAGAAAUAUAGUGACUGUGCUUGGAAGAUAGUUUUUGUGGAAAUUGGAAGAUGUUUCUACCACUCUCUGAAGCUCACAAGGCUUUCCAGGAAGAAAUAAGAAUCGUCUGCCCUCAAGCAAGAAUUAUCUUAAAGAUUUUGGCUACACAGAUGCAUGAAAGAAGUUGAAAAUGUGGAUUAGAGUAUAUUGUUCACCAGUGAAAGAAUCAGACAAUAAAUUAGUAUAAUCCAUUCAAUAAAGAGCAAGUCAUCAACAGAAUUUUUCUAAAUAAAAGAAAAUAUUUUGUUUAUUAUUUUAAGUUCCUUUGUUUUAUUUUGUUUCUUUAAUUUAUCUUAUAUUUAGUAAGAUAGGGAAAUUGAGAGGGAAGGGGGAGAUAAAGAGAAAAAGAGAGACACUGUUCUACUACUCAUGAAGUGCCCCCCUCAGCAGGUGGGAGUCAGGGUCUUGAACCAAGGUCCUUGCACAUGGUAACAUGUGUACUCAACCUGGUUCACCAUUGCCAUGCCCUCUGUUUACUACUUUUAUUUUUUUAACUUAUUUUCACUUUUAUUUAUUUAUUAUUGGGUAGACAGAGAGAAAUUGAGAAGGAAUAAAAAGAGAAGAGACAGAGAGACACCUUCAGCCCUGCUUCACCACUUGCGAGACUUUCCCCCUGCAGGUGGGGACCAGGGGCUUAAACCUGGGUCCUUGAGCGCUGUAAUAAGUGCACCAGAUGCGCCACUACCCGGCCCCUGUUUAUUAUUUUUCAAUGAAAGAGAGCUACAAGAAAU